GCGCGCGUCUCUCACAGCGGAAAACUAGUGCACUGCAGCUGAACAGCGCAUUCGGUGAGAGGUCGGUAAAGCAGUCGAGUCUGCUCGUCGGCGAACCUCUCCCUCACUCGAAUCCGUGUCCAAGUUGAAGUUUUGUCCUAAAAAAUCCCACAAGUCGAAGGCACAGGAGAAUAAUCGUAGUGCUGGACACAAAGCUCGGAUAUCGCCGCGAACGCUGAGGGCUGAGAAAUGGCAACGACAACUUGCACGCGCUUUACUGACGAGUACCAGCUGUAUGAAGAACUUGGAAAGGGGGCCUUUUCCGUCGUGAGACGUUGUGUCAAGCUGUGCACGGGCCAAGAGUAUGCUGCCAAAAUCAUCAACACCAAAAAGCUCUCUGCAAGAGAUCACCAGAAGCUGGAACGGGAAGCCCGUAUCUGCCGUCUACUCAAGCAUCCCAAUAUUGUGCGACUCCAUGACAGUAUAUCAGAGGAAGGCUUCCAUUACCUCUUAUUUGACCUUGUUACGGGCGGAGAGCUGUUUGAAGACAUCGUAGCCAGAGAAUAUUACAGUGAAGCUGACGCCAGUCAUUGUAUCCAUCAGAUUCUAGAGAGUGUCAAUCACAUUCACCAUCAUGACAUAGUGCACAGGGAUCUGAAGCCGGAGAACCUGCUCUUGGCCAGUAAAUGCAAGAAUGCCGCUGUCAAGCUGGCCGACUUUGGCCUGGCCAUUGAAGUGCAAGGGGACCAGCAGGCCUGGUUUGGGUUCGCUGGAACCCCGGGUUACCUUUCCCCCGAAGUGUUACGAAAGGAGGCUUAUGGGAAACCUGUGGACAUUUGGGCAUGUGGAGUCAUCCUGUAUAUUCUGCUGGUGGGAUAUCCUCCGUUUUGGGAUGAAGACCAGCACAAACUCUACCAACAGAUCAAAGCUGGGGCUUAUGACUUCCCCUCGCCAGAGUGGGACACGGUCACCCCUGAAGCCAAAAACCUCAUCAAUCAGAUGUUGACCAUCAAUCCAGCCAAGAGAAUCACGGCCCAGGAGGCUCUGAAACACCCGUGGGUCUGCCAACGCUCCACUGUGGCGUCCAUGAUGCACAGACAGGAAACAGUCGAGUGUCUGAAGAAGUUCAACGCAAGAAGGAAACUCAAGGGAGCAAUAUUGACCACCAUGCUGGUGUCGCGCAAUUUCUCUGUGGGCAGGCAGACCACGGCACCCGCCUCCGUCUCUGCAGCGGCCGGUACCACCGCCGGUCUGGUGGAACAAGCAGCCAAGAGCCUGCUCAACAAGAAGGCCGAUGUCAAGAAACGGAAAUCCAGCUCCACCGUUCAGUACAUGCCGCAGUCAAACAGUGCCAAAAACAGCAUAGUCACCAGUCCCAAAGGAAACGUCCCUUCUCCUGCUCUGGAGCCUCAGACCACUGUUAUCCAUAACCCAGUGGAUGGGAUCAAGGAAUCUUCAGACAGCAGCAACACCACCAUUGAGGAUGAAGACGUCAAAGCACGCAAACAGGAAAUCAUCAAGAUCACGGAGCAGCUGAUAGAAGCCAUCAAUAAUGGGGACUUUGAUGCCUAUGCGAAAAUCUGUGACCCUGGACUGACAUCAUUUGAACCCGAGGCUUUGGGGAACCUGGUUGAGGGAAUGGACUUCCAUAGAUUCUACUUUGAGAACUUGCUUUCUAAGAACAGCAAGCCCAUCCACACCACCAUCCUGAACCCUCACGUGCACCUGAUCGGAGAAGACGCCGCCUGCAUCGCUUACAUCCGCCUCACUCAGUUUGUGGACGGGCAGGGCCGGCCGCGCAGCAGCCAGUCGGAGGAGACUCGCGUGUGGCACCGCCGGGACUCCAAAUGGCAGAACGUUCAUUUCCACUGCUCCGGUGCACCGGCUGCCCCUCUCCAGUGAAGAGCAGCCCUGCAACCGAUCCUAUAGAUGCGAGUGUCCUUCACGGAGGACUGAUAGGACGGCAGCAGAGGUCCAGCGUCGGAGCGCUCCGUAUCCUCCAGCCUUCCAACGCUGGACACAGCCGUCCUCCCCUGCAUGCAAACCCACAGUUAUCUCUCUACCUGCUGGGCUGCUCAACACAGCGUCCAGAACCCCCCUCACCUCUGACUCCGCCCAGCACGCUCCCGACCGAACCUCUUUAUGCCAAGACUCUCCACCGACGAAAGAGCAGCACCACAUAUAUUAAUCUUCUUCGAGAGCGAUCAUAGACUAGAGUUCUAAUAACCCGCACGAUUGCCUUCUUAUCCACGGUCCUUCACGCUCGUCUUCACUGGCCUUAUGCCCCCUUUGCCCAGGUACUCCCAAACACAUUAGAUCCUGUUUUAAUAAAAAUAUCCUUAUUAUUAUUAUUGUAUUUAUUGCUAUUGUUACUACUAUUGAUUAUAUAUGAUUAUUACUUCCGUCGCGAUUCUAAGUAUUGCUGUUGUUCUUGAGAUUGUAUAUUUGAUGGUCAAAUUACUGAUGUUAUGUUUUAAAACACUUAUUUUUUUUCUCUUUUUUUUUUUUUUUAAGCAUGGAUUACAUUUUUAAUUUUUUUUGUGUUCAAGUAAUCUAAAGUCUAUUUCGGCAGUGCUGUAUGUGUUCAAGUUCGCGGCUGGCUGUUUAAAGUAAAAAAGCAGCAGCACACACGUGGUUUUAAGGUACAAAACUCAGUAAAUUUUCUCACGAAUAUGGUGGCGAGCAGAUUUUCUGUCACCGUGAUCAGUGUGUGUAUUAUCAGGUCACUCACCAAUCAGAUCCCUUGGCGGCAGCUGACAUCACAUCAUUGAGAAUCGCCUCAUAUAUAUAUAUACAUAUAUCUGCAGGUUGCCAAGUUGAAUUUCCUUCAAAAAGAGCUGUUUCUCUUUAAAUCAGAGCAUAAUCUCAUGUAUUUGGCCCUUGAUGACCAGCAGCUGAUGUGUUCUUCUUAUUGACAAUCAAUGCUGAUCUGGUUUUGUGUGAGUUUUGGUGGUCUGUGAGACUAGGAAUAUCUGUUUGAGCUUGUUUUUUUUUCUCUCAAGGGAUCUUGUAAGAUGUUUCGAAAGAGUACAGCAUGUUGUUUUUAAGGGCCUUUAAUUUAAAGAAGCAGCUGAUUUACUGCUGUUCGCUGGCCAAGUGUGUUUGAGAUCUAAAUAGCCAUUCUGGAUCCCUGGGUGAUCAGAAACCUGUGAAUUUUAACGUGCCACAGGAACGUUGCGAUUCACUCGACUCAGGCACCUACAACUAUCAUUCUUUGUUUUCUUUUUGUUCUGUACACGCAGGAACAUUUUAUAUUUAAUUUACGUGGUGUAAUUAAGGCGGUUUUAUUCUUUUGUGUUGUUUUUUUAAAGCGUGUAAGUGUGUGUGCGUGUGUACGUGUGUGUGGUUCUACAAUACAAUGGCACUGAUAUCCUGAAUGUGAAAGCAUCGUCACUAUAUUAAAGUGUUGAAAGCCAUAACGCACAGAGCGAGAUUUUCCAGCGGAUUGUAAGGAUGUUUUUAUAAGCGUUGUCCUUCUGUCUAGCAGAACUGGAAGACAGUCUUAUGUGGAUUGACUAGGGGGCUUCCUGACAACUGGUACUGUUCGUUUUUGUCAAAACUUUUCUCUCCUACUGAACGUGGGCUACCUGAAGUCACAUGACGUUUGUUGAGGCUGCUCAGUGUGUUUUGUUGAUUUUAAAGGAAUAGUUCACCCAAAAAUAAAGCUUUGCUGAAAAUCUACCAUCCAGGCUGUUGAACAGAGUUGUAGAAAUUUAGCAUCACAUCACUUGUUCACCAGUAGAUCCUCUGCAGUGAAUGGGUGCCAUCAGAAUGAGAGUCCUAACAGCUGAUAAAAACAUCACAAUAAUCCACACCACUCCAGUCCAUCAGUUAACAAAUCCAUCAAGAUGUUUUUAACUUCUACCCUUGUUUCCAGCAAUCCAUAAUAUUGUUUUCUCCAGUGAAAAAGUCAUUUUGUAUGUAUCAGAAGUGAAAUAUUCAGAAAUCAAGUACCAUUUACAAGUGAAAACCAUUCUAAACAAAUAUUUGGGUGUAUUUGGAUGUGAGAGGACAACAGAGGAUAGACUCACUCACUGGAGGAAGUGUUAUUAUGCAUUAUGCACUCGUAUUUUAGCCGGAAGCAAUAGAUAAAAAGUAACAACAAUUUUCCAAUUAAAAUGUUAAUUGAUUGACUGGAGUGGUGUGGAUUAUUGUGAUAUUUUUUAUCAGCUGUUUUGACUCUCAUUCUGACGGCACCCAUUCACUGCAGAGUGAACAAGAGAUGAAAUGCAAAAUUUCUCUGAAUCUGUCCUGAUGAUAAAACAAACUCAUCUACAUCUUGGAUGGCCUGAGGGAGAGACCAUUUUUAACAAAAUGUAUUUUUUUACGUGAACUAUUCUUUGAAUUUAACUUUGAGAUGUGACUAUCAUGUCCAAUUGAAUGAGAGUUUAAAACUCUGUAAAUGGUGACAAAUACAACAUCCGCAUGUCGAUGAACCAUUGUUGUUAUUUCUUUCUUAUGUGUGUAUAGUAUUGCAGACAAUAAUUGAGAAUAAAACCGUUCAACAAAUAGAUAUCUUGUAAAAACUACCACUGCAUAGUGUUAACUUAUCUUAUAAGUGGAAACUAUUUGCAUGAACGUCAACUUCACAGUAAUACAUUUUGGUGACUCUUUUUUUUUUUCGUUUAUUUUAUACUGAAUGCUGGUGAUUUGAUCUAUUUUCCGAGCUUUGUAAGUGCAUAUAACUAUUUUUGUCUAAAAAUUAUGAUAAUGACAAUGACUAUCAUGGUAAAACAACUAUUCUGAUUGUAUGGCAUGCUUUUAUAUAGGCAUUUGUUGUUGUUUGAGCAGUGUUGGUUGCACCCAUAGAAAAUGUGAAAAUGGCGUGUUUAUAAGCUUGGGUCAAUCGCAGCGUAUGCCACUAUCACACUAGGUCACGUUAUGCAUGUGUUUUUAUUAAGGAAUGGAUCUUGCUUUGGCUGCCAGUCUACAAAAGGGACCUCGAAUUAUGUCUGUGUUUAAUGUCAUUUAAUCAACAACCUUCAUUGUGCUUCGCUCAAAUGCUGUCUAAUCCAUUAGGAGGCGCUCUUUACCACAGCGUAACAAGAUCUCCAAGAAUUCACUCAUUUUUCUGCCUAAAAACAGAAAUGCAAUUUUAAUGCACUAACAAAUAAUGAAACCUAAAUAUCGGUUCUGGACCGGAGUUCGCACCCCUGUAUAUACACUGAACAACCACCAAAUGAGUGUUUAAUCUGUUAUCAAAACACAAUGGCCUGAACAGUUGAAGUGAUCUGAUUAAAUCAGGCCUCUAUUGGGAAGCUGGUGUGUAUCUGAGUGUGUUACACACAUGUGAAAGAGUGAAUCAGUGUUGUGUUUCUCUAGUGGUGACGCAUUGCUGCUCUUACAACAUCAAGCCCAUUGGUAUUUGUAGUAUUCACAUUUUCUCCCAAUGUCUUUUAUAAUAUUUUGCUCAAGUCUAACUGCAUUUCUCUGAAGAUCAGCCUUCCAACUUUUCAGAGGAGUUUUUUGUUGUUGUUUUUUUUUGUAUAUAAUCUCAAAUCCUGCAACGGGAUGAUGUGGAUUUUAUUCAGAAAUUUGAUCGUUAUGAAAUCUUUUCUCCUGAUUCUUUUCAUUAAUAUUCAUUUCUGUUCUUCCAAUGUGCUCUCCCUUUUUUUCUCUCUAUGCGUGCUAUAGGAAAUGUAUUAAGAUGUUAUCAGUAUUAUCAAUAAAAAGACUGUCAAAACCCA